AUGUCCGACAUCAGCAUCACAUUUGACUCUGAGGCACCACACAUUCUGGAACGACUGCGUGGACAUGGUCUUGAUCCAAAUCACAGAAUUGUUGACAUUCAACUCGGUCCCGGACCAGGCUCUGGGACGAUGAUGGGCUCACAAACAUGGUUGUGGAUUAUUGGCAGGACCAAGUAUGAUAUUGAUACCAUACUCGAAAAUGUACGGCUUGGUGGUCGUCGUUUCUCCGCAUACACUGUCGGUCUCGUGACACUGCACACCUUUGCCACUCUUGUGGCCGAAUGA